AUGGCCCCUCCUCGCCGGUUUGCGAAUUAUCCCGGGCCCAAGGAGGCACCGACCGAAACCUUCGUUUACAAGCCCGACGAUGGCCAGAACCCUGUCCUUAGGGGUUGGCCGCUCGUCAUCGUAUCUGCGCUGGUCUGCAAGUCAACCUACCUCCAGAAGCUUCUGUGGGAGAACGCGGGAUUUGGCAAGCCGAAGGCAAUUCCCGGGCUGGACAAGGAACUCCGAAGGUUUGAUCCGGCCGUGAUACCACUUGCAGAUGGGACGUCACAAUCAUCUGAGCUUGAGGUUUCGCCAGAACUAUUCCAGAGGCAGCCCGAAGAUGUAGCUGGCCGCUUCUACUCCGCUGCGGACUACCAUGCGCUGUACAAGGCGGGCGAGCUCACUCCCCUCCAGGUGGCCGAGGCUCUGCUGCCCCUGAUUCGACGGGAUCUGGAAACCCCGUCCAAGUACGCGAAUGCCUGGCUGCAGACCAACGUGGACGAGGUCUUGAGCGCGGCUAGAGCCUCCACGGCACGAUGGGCGACCGGGAAGCCGCUGGGGCUGCUGGACGGUGUUCCCUUUGGCGUCAAGGACGACAUUGACGUCAAGGGCUUCGUCACCACGGCGGGCAGGAAAGUAGAUAAGUCUCACCCCGUUUUCAACAGCCCUGCAGAUCGGACGGAAUGGCCCGUCCAGAAGCUUGAGGAAGCGGGGGCCAUCAUGAUGGGCAAGAUGAACAUGCAUGAGCCAUCGACUGGGACGGCGACAAACUGGUACAACAAAUCAUAUUAUCCCGGUGGAUCAUCCUCUGGAGCGGGAUCGGCUCUCGGGGGUGGCAUAGUUCCUCUUGCCAUCGGCACAGACGCUGGUGGCAGCAUCCGUAUCCCAACAUCGUUCAACGGCGUCUACGGACUCAAAGUCACGUUUAACAGGACGGGCACGAGAAAUUCUACCAUGUGUGUCGUCGGGCCCAUGUCGGCGACGGUGGACGACCUUACCGUCGCAUACAGGCUCAUGGCCCAACCAAACCCAGAAGACCCCGUCCAGUCGCUUUUCGCGCCAUCCUUGUUGCCCGACCCAUCGGCAAAGAAGUACAUAGGAGUCCACAGGGAAUGGCUCAACCGAUCGAGCCCCGACGUGCUCGAGACGGUCCAGAAAGCCAUCGACUACCUCUGCUCACAGCGCGGCUACGAAACGGUCGACAUCCAGCUCCCUUACCUAGAAGAGGGGCAGCUCGCCCACGUGGCGACGUGCCUGACCGAGGGCGCCGACGACGCCAAGACGUGGUCCACGGGCGGGGCGUCUUCGACGAAGAACGGCAUGUCGCUUCUCAACUCGCCCAACCGGAUGGUGCUGGCGAUCGGGUCGCACAGCCACGCGACCGACUACCUCAAGUACGCGCAGCUGCGGCAGGUGGUGAUGCGGCACAUGGCGGCCCUCUUCGAGCGGCACCCGGGCCUCAUGAUGGUGACGCCGACGGCGCCGCUGGCCGGCUGGCCCGUCCACCCGGGCGACCAGGCGUACGGCGUCAGCGACGGCAACACGUCGGUGCUCAACAUGACGUACUGCUGGUUCGCCAACACCACGGGCCUCCCCGCCGUGACGUGCCCGGCCGGCUACGUCGCCGCCGCCCAGGGCGAGGGGAGCCUGCCCGUCGGCAUCAUGGCCGUCGGCGAGUGGGGCGCCGAGGAGCAGCUGCUGGGCUUUGCGCGGGAGGCGGAGGCGUACCUGGGCCAGGCCUACCCCGGCGGCAGGCUGCGGCCGGCCGAGUGGGCCGACGUCGUCGGGCUCGCUAAGGAGAAGCAAAUUUGCCACCGCCUGUACGUUGAAGAGAAGAAGUCGCUGGAUGAAAUCGCCGAGUAUUUGAGGUUGCAUCACAACUUCACGCCCAGCAAACGCGCCCUGCUGAGCCACUUCCGAAAAUGGGAGUUCCCCUCCAAGCAGAACCCGGCGUACAAGAACGCGGCGCUGGUGGACCGGAUCCGGGAGCUAUGGGAGCAGAACGUGGUGCAGAAGGAGAUGCUGCGCAUGCUCCAGGAUGAGGGCUUCGAGGUCUCCAUGCGCGAGCUGUCGCGCGUCCGCACAAAGAACCGCUGGCUCCUGCGCGAGCCUACCGAGGCGCGCAAGAGGAAGAUCAUGCCGGGCCGCAGGCAAUCGACUGUCGACCGGACCGAAUCCGACGAAGAGGAUGCCGACUCCGACGCCUCCGACGAAGAUGAUGGCGCGGGCGACGGGGCUGGCGCGGGCAUCGUCGGGGCCGCGGAGGACGAGCUCGACCCGGUCCAGCUGGAGAGGAGGGAGCAGCGGAGACGGGAACUGGCGAUCGAGUCGGCGGAGAAGUGGGCGGCCAAGAAGAGGCGGCGGAGGACCCGCGACUGGGCCGGACUGCCUGCCGAUCCGCCGGGCCCGCCGCGCUUCCCGUCGGAAACGACGCUCGAGGAGAGCAAGGCCAUCUUGGAACUCGACGCCGAGCGCUACAGGUACUUCCGGGAGAGGUUCCAAAAGAUAUGCGAGGACGCCGGGGUGAUCAAGAAGACGCUUGCGGGACCCGAGAAGUGGGAGGCAGCCAAGGAGCAGCUGGUGCGGGAGAUGGCGCACCUGCGGUCGCUGCUGUGGGACAAGGAGGGCCUGGAGUCCAAGCGGCUCGCGAUAGACGUCAUCUGCUGCGACGUGACGAAGCGGAUGCGCACGGCCGGGAAGCAGAUGACGCUCGCGGCGGCCAAGAACAUGCUCGGCAUGAACCCCGAGGAGGCGCGGGAGACGCGGUUCGCCUUCUACCGGAUCCUGGCCGCCGACAAGUUCGCCGGCAAGCUGGAGUCGGGCGAGGAGCGCUGGAACGAGCUGAAGCAGAAGUGGCUCGACGAGUCGGCGCUGCUCCAGAGGAUCCUCGCGUCCCAGGAUGAGGAGCCGAGCCGCGCGGACAGAACUAGGGCUAUCGACAUGCUUGCGCGCGACGUCAGGAAAAGGUACAAGGAUGACAUAACCAAGGGCAGGGAGAAGAAGCUACCACCGGCGACGGACACGGGGACUGGGCAGUCGGUGGGCACCCCGUCGAGCGACCAGAGCCCCGGCGCCCGCAGGAGGGCGGGAGUCAUGCCCGGCCAACCGGAUCUGUCCUCCAUCGAUCCCAACCUGGGAUCGUCAAUGCUCAUGGCCCCGGAUGGACAGGCGGGCUAUGCCGUAGGCCAGCAGUUCGUGCCGCAGUACCCGCCAGCGCAGGCGUCGCAGGUGUACCACCCGGCCGGGCCGCCGACGGGGCCCACCACCAGGUUCGCCAUCUACUUCCGGCUGCACCCGACGUCGACUGUCGUGGCGGUGCCGCCGAUGUGGAUAUCGAUGUUGGGGUCCCGGUCGGUCGAGGAGCUGCGGAGCGCGGCGGUGGCCAAGUUUCCCGGGGCGGUGUGCCUCGCGGUGGAGGGCCUGGUCAAGGACGGCAAGGGCGGCGAGGUGCCGCUGCAGAUCCGGGGGGACGCCGAGCUGGAGGCCUACCUCGACCACGUGCAGAGCAUGCAGGGGGGUGCGCCGUCCUUCAGCGUGCACCUUGUGCGCGGGUGGAAUACUAGCUAG